ACCCCAAAACCCUAACGCCUUCGUCCCCCAUUUCUCAACUCCGCAGCCGCUUAGGGUUAGAGAGAGCACUAGAGAGCUGCUUCAACAAUGGUGUCGGGGUCAGGAAUCUGCGCCAAGCGCGUGGUGGUGGACGCGCGUCACCACAUGCUCGGCCGCUUGGCUUCCAUCAUCGCCAAGGAGCUCCUGAACGGCCAGAAGGUGGUCGUCGUUCGCUGCGAGGAGAUCUGCAUCUCCGGUGGACUUGUGAGACAAAAGAUGAAGUACAUGCGCUUCUUGCGUAAGCGCAUGAACACCAAGCCCUCUCACGGCCCCAUUCACUUCCGCGCCCCUGCCAAGAUCCUCUGGCGCACCAUCCGUGGGAUGAUUCCACACAAGACCAAGCGUGGAGCUGCCGCUCUUGCCCGUCUGAAGGCCUAUGAGGGAAUUCCACCUCCUUAUGACAAGAUUAAGAGGAUGGUUAUUCCUGAUGCUCUCAAGGUCUUGAGGCUACAAGCAGGACACAAAUACUGUUUGUUGGGCAAGCUUUCCUCAGAGGUUGGAUGGAACCACUAUGACACUAUCAGGGAGCUUGAGAAGAAGAGGAAGGAAAGGUCUCAGAUUGCAUAUGAGAGGAAGAAACAGCUUAACAAACUGAGAGUCAAAGCAGAGAAGGUUGCUGAGGAGAAACUUGGUCCUCACCUAAAGAUAAUUGCUCCUAUCAAGUACUGAGCAGUAAACAUCUUGCUUUAAGAUGAAAAUGUUGUGAACUGAGUGGAGAUUGUUUUCCUAAUGAUACUUCAUUUUUGUGUUUGAUGGUUAAAGAUGGUUGUAAUUUUGUAUGCCAGCCUUAUUUAUAAAUUAGUGGAGUUUUCCAAUUCAAUUGGAUGUUCAUUCUAGAUUUUCCUAAAUGUUGUGAUCCCAUUUUAAACACCAUCUUGGUAUGCUAUAGAAUGCGGCUUUGUUGAUAUCCUACCGAUCAUUUGUAGUGAUAUGUUAUGCAAAUCCUCUGUCCUGAUGCACAUGGGCCG